AUGCAGUUCAACAUCAAUCUCAUUGCCGCAGCAAUUCUGUUUGCGCCUGCAGCCCUUGCGAUAGGCCCAGGAAAAUGCUUCUUUGGCGGUGCCUUUGGUGCCGGAAGCUGCCAUUCGCUUGAUUUCAAUGGCAAUCCAACGGAUACCUUUUCGGACUGUCCUACAUCCAGCCCAUGCACAAACAAUCUGAAUGAUUGCAAUCAGGAUGCUCUUAAUGGUGUAACUACAUGCUCAUAA